GCCCUGGCAGUCCUCCAAGUCGGAGGCAGAUGUGGCGGAAAGCUCUGGGAGCAUCGACCAAUUGAGACGCGCCUUGCGGGAGGUGGUGGGUGUCACCACAGAGGAGUUGUUGGACCAGCCGCAGGCCGAAGACAGCCCCGAAGAUGAUGCCAAGCUGUCGCCAGCACAAAUUCGCGCUGUGCGCGAACAAAAGAGGCCCAUGUCAUCCUUCGUCUCCACUAGCCGAGAUCAGAUGAGUUCUUUGGCAGUGGAGAAUCGCUACAGGGCGCCGCCUCCGGGCUCAUACCGACCGAGUACUCGCCUCUGUGAGCCCAGAGUCAAGACCCCGGUCUUCCGCCUCGGAGAUGGGUCCCAGAGCAGGAAACAGAAGGUGCUGGAGAGAGAGGUUGCCAGGCUCAAGCAGUCGAGCAAGCCGUACGAGCACCUCUUGCAAGGUGUGAGGAGUGUGGAGCUCUUAGACAAGACGCCAGAAAAGUUGGUCCGCGCGGUCACCACGCCAGAUUUGGAGCGGUAUACCGCUCGGCCAGACAUGAUUAAACUGGCCAACAUCCACUUCCACGAAAGCGAGUUCAUAGAUGGAGUGCUGGACGGCGACUAUAGCACCUCGAUGAUCCUCCGAAAUCCCUCGUGGGAUUUUGCGAAGCUUUCGGCCGCCCCCCGGCGCGGUUCGGAGACCUAUUUCCAGCCGGGGCAGUACAAGCCAAACUUGGACGCGGUGCGGCCGAAACUGGAGACAAAGAACAUUCCAUUUGACAAGUUCCCGGCUCGCAAAGCUCUGAAGGAGACGGUGGGCCGGUUUGAAAUCGAUGGAAGGGAAGGGGAUCAUCUCCCUGAUAGGUCCCUGUCGAGGAGCUGUCCAUAUUUGAUGCCCAGACUGCAGAGCCCGAACCUCUCCAAAGACUCGGAAAGACCGCCCAUCAUGGGGAGGAAAAAACCUUGGCAUGACAUCAAGGAUCCAGAGGUGGACAGACUUGUGCUGGACUAUGAGAUGACGUUCAACAUCAUGGAUUGCGAAAAGGCCCGGUGGAAACCCUCUAGCGCUGGCGAUUUUGGCAAGAGCUUGACGAGGAAAAAGCACUUGCAGGCCAUGAGGAUGUAUGGCCAGGAUGCAGCGCUUCUGAAGGCCAAACAAAACCUCACUGAGGGACCGGUCAGUGUAGAGCUUCUGUCUGACAUUGACAGCAGCGGCAUGCUUCAUCCAAAGGUGAUGUCUCCAAGGUUCGAAUUCAUGGCCAUGCGUGAGCCGAGCAGUAAAUAUGCCGAAGCUCCGGCACGUCUGAAGGACGUGAAGGGCACCAGGUUCAAACGCGAGCUCCGCUCGGGUGAGUCGCUCACCGACGCCGGCAGCACGGGGAGCUCAGCAGUGAGGGCUGUCCAGGGUUGA